AUGGUCAGACGUUUGCUGGCCUGUGGUGCCAAUGUCAACGGUGUUCAGAGUGGUGCCUUUUGUACCGCUCUCGGGCAUGCGGUCUCCCUUCGCAGUGCAGAGGUUGUGCGAAUACUUCUUGAGAAUGGGGCUGGUCCCGACUCGUACUCAGGAGGUAUGGGCUUUACCGCCUUGUAUAUAGCUGCUGGUAGUCGAUCGUGCUAUGAGGUCGUUGAACUUCUCUUAGGACACGGGGCGAACAUCAACAAAGGAGGCUGCGACAGCACCCCGCUCCAAGCUGCUUGUGGAUAUGGAACCACGGCGACUGUUGAGCUCUUGAUAGCAAAGGGCACUGGCAUCAAUGCUCGGUGGGGCAAGCAUGGUAGCGCACUGCAGGCUGCCUGCCUGGGUGGUAAAGCACUGCAUGUCAAAAUUCUCCUUGCCCAUGGAGCGGAUGUAAGCUUGCUGGGUGGCGAAUUCGGCACGGCUAUCCAGGCAGUUAGGCAUGUUUUACUCGGUGCCGAUCGCGAUUAUACUCUUAGUCCUGAGAGCCUUGAGGCGUCGGCCGUUGAGAUUCUGGAUAUGCUUCUUGCCCACGGUGCUAAUCCCAAUGACAACACCGGCGCAAGCGGCACCGCUCUACAUAGAGCAUGUGAGGUGGGAGCGGAGAAAGCUGUUGAAAUCCUCUUGUUCCACGAUACAGACAAAGGUGUCAUAGGCGGAGAAUUCGGUACUGCUCUUCAUGCUGCGGCCUACCAUGGGCAUGACACGAUUGUUGGGAUGCUUCUUCGUAAAGGCUGCCCGGUCAACAUGGAAGUGGGGGAGUACGGUACCGCGCUUCAUGCUGCUGCUUCUCAGGGCUGCAACGAGGCUCUUCUUGUUCUUUUAUCUCUAGGUGCCAAUGUGAUGGCCGACUGCGGCCAACAUGGGACGGCGCUGCAUGCUGCAUCCGUCCACGGAUUCCAUCGCACCUGUGAGAUCCUUCUUGCCCACGGUGCUGACCCCAACUUUAGAUGUGGGGAGCUGCAUGAGCGCGUAGAAUGUGGAGAGCCGGGCCCAGCCAUCAGUCGCCACCCGCGUAGGCGUCGACAGCUCAUGCUUAUCCUCAAAGGUGGAACGUACGGAACCGCGCUCCAAGCUGCCGCUUACACAGGACACAUGGACAUCGUGGAACUACUUUUGACUAGUGCUGCAGAUGUCAAUGCUCAAGCUGGGAUCUAUUGGACGGCCCUUCAGGCAGCUGCUUACGCUGGACACAAGGAGAUUGUGCGUAUCUUGCUUGACGCAGGGGCAGACCUGAACCUGGAGGGAGGGGUUUACGGAGACCCUGUGCAAGCCUCGGUGUCUAUGAAGUGUUCGGAAGAUGGCAAGCUGGAAGAUCGCCUGUUCAAGGAAGAUAUACUCAGAUUGCUCAUUGAUAAGGGUGCCGAUGUAAACCGCAAAGGCGGAAAGUAUGGAUGUUCCCUGGCCGCUACCCGGGCAUGGCACGAUCCCGACCUCAUUAUCCCCGAACAUUGGCCGAGGAACGUGCCCUAUGAACGAAGACAGGACCGGUACCCAAGGGGCCAUGAACAGCUAAUUGAGGUUCUUCUGCGGAGCGGUGCAGCGGAUAUAGCGGUCGGAAGGGACAGGGCCAGCCCAUCUUUAUGA